CGAAUGGCAAAAACGACACUGCCUAACUGGUGUGUCUACUCUGUGGCUACCAGUAGCUACUGUCUCUUUGAACUCUUUCUGAAUUGAUGGACUGGAGCUCACAAUCUGUCAAGAGCCAAAACUUGAAAGCCGAAGCAAAUCAAGCUCCACUCUUGCCUACUAGACUAGACUACGUAGCUACUUUUACUAGCACACAAUAAUGAUGGAUCAAACCACACGAAGUACCUCCACAUCCGCCUCCAAGCGUCCUUCUGCUGCCGCACCAGCUCCUCCUGCCAAGCUCCAUGCGGGCAAGUGGACUCCUGAAGAAGAAGCAUAUGUGGAAGGCUUGAUGGAAGAGUUUCGCGCUGGAACUCUGGACAUUCAAGAAGGCACCACACUCCGCAGCUUUCUCGCCAAGAAACUGAACUGCAAACCCAAACGCAUCAGUAAGAAAUACGAAGGCAAGAACUACGACGGCAAGCAACUCUACUGGAAUAGCGAAGAGCCCAUGAGUCCCAUGGAACGACGUGCUCGCAUGGCCAAGCUGCAAAUGCUCGAGAAGAAGUUUAAGGAUUGUCUUCAGACCAUUCAACUCGUCAAGGCUUCCAAGAACAUGAAUACCACCACUGCAAGUCAUCAGGCAGCACAAGAGACUGCUGCUGCCUUUCGACCGGAAGAAGUCGGCGCCAUUGCCGGAGUGGCAGCCGCUCCUCCGCGUCUUUCGUCUCCCGAGAUGGAAUCCUUCUUGAGCUGUCGCACAUUUCCCCCUCAAGGCGCACAAGGCAUGGCUGGAGGACUCUCGGAUCUGUACCGAUCGGCAAGCAAUGACCACACGGCCCUCUUGCUCGCCCGACAGCGCCGCCAAGAAGCACUCGGAUUCGCCAAUGCCACACGCACGGGAAGUCCUCUCUUGUCCACUCUGCCCUCGCUCCAACUGCAGCAUCAUCAGUUUCAAGCCCCAGGAGGAGCUGCUGGGUCCCUCCUCGGACCGGCUCCCAGCUCUUAUGCCGCUGCCCGUCAAGAAGCUCUCCUUGGAUUGAGCCUGAACCGUACAUCCUCUCCUUCCGCCCUCGGAUCCGGUCUCGCAUCCUUCCGUCCUCCUUCUCCAUCUCCUCUCGGACCUUCUGCCGCCCAGGGUCUCUCCAACAUGUUGGAUAUGGAACAAGCGGCGGUCCUCGAACAAGCCCGUCUCGCUGCCGUCACACGCAACAGUCUCACUGGAUUUUCCGCCGCCGCAAGUGCUGCUCAGGCAGCGGCCUAUCGACCCUCCCUCAAUACCAUGCUGUCGAGUCGACGCUUUUCCGCCGGAAAUCAGCCCGCUCCCGGUAUCAGUCAGCAUGACAUGAUGCGCCUCCAGCAAACACCCGUACGACGAGACUCGUCCGAACUCUUGCGAUUGCACACGCAGUUGCAACAACAACAGCAACAGCAAGACAACUCUGAACAAGAACAGCGCAAGCGACUCAUGGAAGACGAAUACUUGCAACAGCAAAAACGUCAACGGUUCAUGUAAAGCAACAGUCAUGUUGUAUUGUAUUGUAAUCAGGGUGGGGGCAACACACAAACACACAACGAUGGCAUUUCAUCUUCCUUCUUCAUAUUAGUAGUAGUCAAAUACCAGCACAGUACUAACAUUCAAAAACAUACAUACCUUUCAAAAAAGUCUUUAGCCAUGUCAUACCGUACUACAUGUAGAUCUAGCUU